UUCUUCAACUGAGAUAAAUCUGUACAAGGAUCUUGACUGCAGACAGCAUGCUAUGGUAGAUGUAUCCUUUUAGGCAGUUUAUAACUAAUAGGGGUAUGGUGGGUUGGGUAUAAAUUCAGAGUAAACUACUCAUGUCCAAACCCUGGAUCCACCCCUGAACGCUUUGCCUGUAAACGGCUUUUAACACUGUCGUUCGGAAUUUUUCAACUUAUUUUUACUUCUCCUUUAGAUUCUUAUAUAGAGACCCUGAUACUAGUAAACCGUCCCAACCAGGAUCUGGUUUAUCAUUACUCCGAGACGUCACGAAAUACUUCAUCAGUAUUUUUGUAAGCUCAACCAUGCUAAAUCCUCCAUGCAUGUUGAAACCAGGUCCUCCAGGUAUCCCAGCUUACCCUGGGACCAUGGUCUAGUUCUCAAUGAUUUAACCUCCACCUGAAAAAAUUGAGACUUUGGACAACACUAAUCCUGUCAUGAAUAAAAAGGAAUAAACAUCUUUCUAAAACUACUAUUUGUAUGGGACCCGGAAGUCAGUCGUUAGUCCCAUACGAUCGACGUCACACUUCAAAGCUACAUUUCGUCGAAGUCCAGCAGCUGUGAAGUCUACGCAGUUCUAGGAAUUAAUUCAAAUUCGUUGUCACCACUACUUUGGCAUAACAAGCCUAUUUUUUGGCAGAUUUCCUCUAUAAUUUCAGAAGACUGAAAGAAUCGCUCAAUGAGAUUGAGAUGGCGUGUAAAACACAAAACUACAAAUUGGUCGACACGGAAGCAAGUCUCAAGGAAUCUUUGAGCGAAUUAAGAAGCUGUGAAUCAAACGCUUUCYUAGCUGUAGAUUGUGAAGGCGUCAAUCUGAGUAGGAAAGGAGAGCUAACAAUUAUUACCGUGGCCACCGAAGAGAAAGCSUACAUAUUUGAUGUGACAGUUCUGAAGCAAGCGGUGUUUGACGAAGGCCUUCGUGAAAUCCUGGAAGACAAGUCGAGAGAGAAGUUGAUGUUUGAUUGCAGAGAAGAUGCAGAUAGUCUUUGGCAUCAGUUUCAAGUCAAGUUGACUGGAGUUUUGGAUGUUCAACUACUUGAGAUUAUGUACAGAAGAGAAAGCUCUGCAUCUGGAGCGCAGUCGACAGGAAACAGACGAUUCCAACGACGUCGCAGUCAGAGAGAACAUGAAGUUGAGAAUAUUUAUGGUUUUCGUCGAUGCAUCGAACUKUAUAUCGAARAUGAAAAUGUUCUCAAAACAAAAGAUGAAGUCAAAGAGCUGCUAAAAUGGAACGACAAACUGUGGAAACGUCGGCCACUUCCAGGCACCUUGCUUCGCUACUGUGCUGUUGAUACUCUAGAGAUGUUUAAACUGUACGAAAAGCUGAAAAGUGCCAAAGACAAAGAGCUUCCUCGACUGAGAAUUGCCUCUGAGCGCUAUGCUAAUAUGUUGCGCAGUAAAGCCGAAAGAAGGUUCGACGGCUUCGAAAAGAAUGCAUAUCUUCCACUGGAUAUAAUACCCGAGAAAGGAACGCUUGAUUUUCCUCAUGCUACUACUCAAUGCACCAAAUGCCAACGGCUUUUUCCARACGAAGAAUUUAGUAAAAUACAGUUGCGAAAUGGUGAACAGAAAUGCAGAGUUUGCAAGGAGAUCAAGCGUUAUGCUGAUUUGAAAGCAGAAAGGCAAAGUUUAUACGAUGCUGGUGGUGUAAGCGAUUGGCAAUAUGAUGAGAAUUAUUAUUAGUGUGAGUAUAUAUGGUGAAGGGUGGUAAAGGAGGAGGGUGAGUGAAGGGAAGGGCAUCUAUUCAAUACUCAAACAUAAUUACAUUUAUCAAGUCUUAGUUAUUAUUUUAUCUACUCGCUUCACUUCCACUUGUUUAUUUUCUUUAAGCCUGUAUUAAUAUUUGCACAUUAAUUAUUUCAUAUUUAGCCAUAUUAUUCUUAUAAUACUUAACUCAUAUCAUUGUAAUUAAUUCAAUUUUCUUUGUUUUCUUGUAACAUUGUGUGUGAAGAAUAAAAGUCUAAUAAAAGUCUAAAGUCUAAGGGCUACGAAUCCUUUUUCACGGAUAAUAUAAAGAUCUAGAUUUCACGAAAUAAUGAAAAUGGCACUUUCACAUUUCACGAAAAAUAAAAAACGGUCAAAUCACGUUGAAAUAAACAACAAGCACAUUUCAACGAUGACGUCACAUGAGUGUAAUUAGGAUAUCUAGAUCAAAGAUAAAUAGCUUACUGUUUUGACUGUUUGCAAAGAUAGUUUCAUUACUAAAUAAAGCUAGCGAAAGUAUUGUUAUUGAAAAGCAGAAUGAAAUAUGUGUUAUGGAAUUAAUCAAAAUAWAAUGACUUGAACUAUGUGUAUUCAU